UGCAAAUCCAGAUAUGGGUUUUCUCUCUCAAGCUUCAUCUUCUUCCUCCUCUUUUGAUAGUUUUGCCUCCUCAUUCUCUAUCAACCUUCCUCAUUCCUUUCCUUGCUCAUCCUUCUUCUUUCUUCUUCGUAUUAUGUCUCUCUCUCUUCUCCCUUCUUCCUCUUUCAAACCCAAAUCUGGGUUUUUCUCAAACAUUGCACUCAGAUGCAUCAUGAUCUCAAUGCAGAUGAUGUUUUGCAUCUUGUUAGCAAUAUCGAGGGUGAGGUUCUCUUUAAUGAGCUUGGUUUAGGUUUGAAAAGGGCCUUUCGAACUUGUAUUCUAACUAUUGAGUCGACUGCCUUUGAGAGAAGCAUUUUAAAGUGCGCAAAGGCGGAGGAGGAUGCAACAACCGAAGCUGCUUUCUUAGUGAUUUUGGCUGCCACUGGUGGUGGUGGUGGUGAUAAGUUGAAAGAUUGUAAAGGAAGAGCCGCUGCUCCAGUGGCGUCAAGGAUGUUGGUAUUUGCAAUGGAGAAAACACAAAGGUUUGAGAAAAACCAAGAUCUGGGUUUGAGAAAAACCCAAAUCUAGGUUUGAUUUGGCGAGGAAGAAGAAGGGAGAAGAGAGAGAAAAAGAAUAAGAAGAAGAAAGAAGAAGGAUGAGCAGGGAAAGGAAAAAGAAAGGUUGAUAGAGAAUGAGGAGGCAAAACUAUCAAAGGAGGAGAGGAAGAAAAUGAAGUUUUUUUUUUUUU